CGAAAGCACGAUUGGACUACUACAGCAAAGAACAGCACGAGACCACCUUGGCUCGUGGCACGCAAAAAGUGUCCCGCGCUCUGGCCGGUUUGGCCGUUCGUGUACGUUCGGACCUCAGUACCACGCGGACUACGGACGGGAAACCAUCGUGUGGGAAGCCAACCAGAACGGAAAGGCUUGUCUCAGUACAAGUGUUUCUUGAAAAAAGGCACGCACAGGAACGUGUAAAUAGGUCAACCAGGUGUGCUCCUGGAAAGUGAUUAAACCUCUCCGCAAGGAAGGUGCAAUGGACUGUUAAGGGAAAGAUUGUUUCGAAAAGUGUGCAUUAUUAAAGCCUUUAAUUACUUUAAAAAAAACACACAGUACAAAGUACACAGUAGAUAAAGUUAAAUGUGCAACACAACGGAUCAAAACGGCGAUGGGAUGCACGUGGAUAUCGAAGUUCCAGAUACGGGUGCGGUGUUCACGCUAGGCAAAUCAUACCUCUACGAUGACACCGUUAAAGAGCAAACAACGCCCCAGUACGAUGGCAUCCCUCACAGCCCGCACGGCCAGCGGCCUAAAACCCCCAACGCCAAGGAUGUACCAACGCGGCAGCAGAGUUACUUUUUCGUUAAAAACGACCCGAUCGUGAAAAUUGUCUGUGGCAGUAAGCAAAGUGGCGUGAUAUGUGAAUCUGGACGACUGUUCGUGUGGGGCCACAGUGGACACGGUCAGCUUGGGCUGGGCAAAACGGAAACCGUCCAUAAACCCUCCUGCGUGCGCACGAUCAAGCGGCUCAAGGAGCGUGUCCAGUCGUUUUGCUUCGGCGGGAAUGGAUUCUGUGUCAUUCUCACUGCAUCCGGUAAGGUGUUUUACAGUGGGAAAAAUGUGUUCCCCUUCAAUGCAAAGGUAGCCUCACUGCUCGAUGCGACCACACUGCACAAAAAUCCCACCGAUAACAGUGUAUACACACCGUACCCGGUGGAGUUGCGCGAGUUCCGCCACUGUCUGGAGCAGUCACCGGAUGAUGAGUCCUUCAGCCACGUGGUAGCCGGUUUCAAUCACUUCGUACUGCUCACUACCGGUGGCAAUUGCUUCGGCUGGGGCUACAACAGUCACCAGCAGCUCGGUGGAGUGGAUUCGCUUCGCAUACUGACCCACCCGGAACGGAUCGCACUGGACGAACCGGUAGCGCACGUGCUUUGCGGCAACUACUGCACGCUGUUCGUGACCGAAGCGAACGCACUGUAUCUCGUGGGAAAGUUUCAAAAGAUCACACUCCCCGUGUUGAAACCGCUGGAAAGCUGUACCCUGCCGGACAGGGUAACCGGUGGGGAGAUUACCGGUUGGGACUGUGUCUACCUGCUGCUAGCGACGGGCCAGGUGUACCGCUCGAAUCGCGUAAAAGCGGUGGAAGAUUUACGCUUCGAACCGUUCGACCAUCUAGCGGGACUGCUGGCGGACGACGAGUACGUCACAAAGAUAGCGUCCGCAAACGAUUGCGUGUCGUUCGUCACCAGCAGCGGACGGUUGCUGACGACGUACGAUGACGACGGUCCCUUCACAGCUUCGGAUCACUUCAAGGAGCUGUCCAAAUUCCGCCACUUUAACGUCACCGACAUUGCGAGCGGUGCGGAGCAUUCGCUCGUACUGGCCUACCCGGCCGCCGAGCGGUUGGAUGUUACGCACGCCCUGGAGCUGCUGCGUAACGCCACCCCGCUACCGACCGAGCUGCAGCGCGACGCACAGCAGGCGGCAGAGUUUCUGCGCAACGAAAAGCGCCGGCUGCGGCGGGAGCACGUCGAGCGGGAAAUUUCCAAGGAUGAGUCGAUUGCGAUCGAAACCAGCGACCGGGGCGAAGCGGACGUACGGUUCAUCGACAACGGGGUAAGCAUAGCGCCGGUCACACCGAACGGGAAGCAGCACAAGCGACGCCACCAUCAUCACCAUCAGCUGAAACCGGCCGAUGCGGUCGAUGCGGACGAUGAGGCGGAUCGGUUCUCCGCCCACCGGGAUGUGGUGGCGAGGAAAACGCACACACCCAACAUUAGUCAGCUAAUCGAUUACAGUGAUGAUGAUAAUGAUAGCAUCUCGUCGCAGUCCACCUUUCACGAUGAGGAGGAAGAAAAUGGAGAAAAUGGAAGCCGUAAGGGCAAGCAGGCGUUGGAGGGCUACAGUAACGGUGUCGGCAACAGCGAUAGCAACAAUAACGCAAGGAAUGAGGACGUGCGCAAGCUGAGCCUUGGCAGCAAGCUGAACGGUAGCUUGGGCAGCACCAAAUCGAGCGACCGGAUGCGCAAGUUCUUCAAGGAGCUGAAAUCGAAAAGCAUGGACGUGUCGUGCAAAAACCCGGGCGUCGUGCUGGAUGAUGACGUAAAGUACUCCAAGAACGACCAGAUUAUCCAGGCGGAGGAUAGAGCGUCCAAGGUGUGCACACUGAUGUGAAUUUGCUGCUCACU